UCCUAGCCGGAAGUGACGAGAGUAUUACCGGAAGUGUGCUCUGGCUUAGUUGUGUGGCUAUUCGGAUAAAUACACUAUAUUUUUAUACGUUUUUAGUUUUGCCAAAGUCAUGUCUGAAAGGAAGGUUUUGAAUAAAUACUAUCCACCGGAUUUCGAUCCCUCAAAAAUCCCCAAACUUAAACUUCCGAAAGACCGGCAGUAUGUCGUGAGGUUGAUGGCACCCUUUAACAUGAGGUGUAAGACAUGCGGCGAAUAUAUCUACAAAGGAAAGAAGUUCAAUGCCCGUAAAGAGACUGUUCAGAAUGAGCUCUACCUGGGGCUGCCGAUAUUCCGCUUUUACAUUAAGUGCACACGCUGCUUGGCUGAAAUCACCUUCAAAACCGACCCGGAAAAUACAGACUAUGCUAUGGAACAUGGUGCUACGCGCAACUUCCAAGCGGAGAAGCUGAUUGAGGAAGAGGAGAAGAAACUGCAGAGGGAUCGAGAGGAAGAGGAGCUUAAUAACCCUAUGAAGGUUCUUGAAAACAGGACACGCGAUUCCAAGAUGGAGAUGGAGGUUCUGGAGAAUCUGCAGGAGCUGAAGGAGCUGAACCAGAGACAGGCGCAGGUGGACUUCGAGGGGAUGCUGGGUCGCUACAAGGAAGAGGAGCAGCGUGAGAGGGAGAGGCAGAAGGAGGAGGACGAGAGGGAGACCAGGGAGAUGCUGGAUAAGGCCCUGAUCAAGAGGCUGCGGGACUCAGACUCGGACUCCGAUCAGGAGCGAGAGCAGACGAAGAGGACGGUCCGCCAGCAGGGCGGCGACAGACCUACGGACAUCCUGACCACCAGCGCACAGGGGCAUGUGGACUCCAAGGUGUUGAAUUCUUCCAAGGGAGGGGUGAAACGUUCCCGAGUGGAGACGUGGGAGAGGAGUGUUGGGGGACUCGGUGGCGGCCCACUGGGGGCGCUGGUAGUGAGGAAGAAACCAGGAUCUUCGACCCAAACACCCACAGCUCCCAGUUCAAAAGCGGUCAAUUCCUCUCAGCCAGACCCCAGCCUGACAGAAGCAGCUCUUCCAGCUGACCCCCGCCCACCGGGCCCGGCCGCCUGCAGCUCCUCACUCAGCCUGCUGGGGGCGUAUUCCGACAGCGAGGACAGUGAGUGAGGGAGCCUCGUCUCUCGGCUCCAGGGCACAUUUUCUUUGUUACAAAGAAAUCGGCGUUGGGGGGGGGGGCACACCGAGCACACGUGCACUGUGCUGUAUCGCAGAUCUCUCAAGAUGGAGGGAGGACAGCCCACUUGUGACAUUUUUUUUUUUCAUUUUGUUCUUAAUUAAAUGUGUUUAAAGAA